UGCCCCAACUAUAAUUUCUGGGCUUCUUCAGUAAAAGCUCAUUGACCGAUGGUUGUAUCUUAUGUUGUUGUGGGUAGGGUCUUGUUAAUAAGGACCGCUUUUAAGUUUUAAUAUAAAGUAAGGUACCCGAUUGGAACCGAUAUUUCUCUGAAUCUUUCAAACCUUGGCACAAUGGCACGACAAGAUUCCACCACAAUCAUCGACUAAAAAGAUUCUCUCGCCAUGAAUACUCGUCUCCUCGCCUCAGCUUCAUUCGUUCUUCUUCUCUCCCUCCUACUCUCACUUCAUCUCCACAAUAAUCACAAUGAAUCCAGCUGGAGCAACCGAUUAUGGUGGCUAUCAUCGAAAUCAUCCUUCUCUUCAGGAAUUGCUGAUGCUGACCUGUUGGUGACCAAUGGGACGAUAUACACCAGCGAUUCCUCUCUCCCUUUUGCUAAUUCCAUGGCUAUUCGUGACGGGAGAAUAAUCCGUAUUGGCAACUAUUCGUUUGUUCGGGAAAUGUCUGGAUAUGGAACAAAAGAGUUAAAUCUUGAGGGGAAACUUGUUGUUCCUGGAUUUAUUGAUUCUCAUGUCCACUUGCUUUUUGGAGGACUCCAGAUGGCACGUGUAGAAGUUCGAGGUGUCAAGACAAAAAAAGACUUCAUUGAAAAGGUUAAAGAAGCAGUGAAAAACAUGAAAGAAGGUUCUUGGUUGUUGGGUGGUGGAUGGAAUAAUGAUCUUUGGGGAGGAGAAUUGCCAUCAGCAUCUUGGAUUGAUGAUAUCACACCUCAUCAUCCUGUAUGGCUUUCAAGAAUGGAUGGCCACAUGGGAUUGGCUAACUCUUUAGCUCUAAAAAUAGCUGGAGUCACAAGUAACAUGCAAGAUCCAGUUGGUGGAACUAUUAGCAGAAAUGCAAAUGGAGAACCUACAGGCCUUAUGAUUGAUUCUGCAAUGAAAGUUGUUCUUUCAUGCAUUCCAGAAGUUUCUGUUGAAGAAAGAAGGCAAGCAUUGGAUAGAGCUAGUAGGUAUGCAUUGAUGAGGGGUGUCACAACGGUUGUUGAUUUAGGAAGAUAUUUUCCUGGAGCAUCACUAGAACAUUCAUGGGAGGAUUUUGAAGAUGUUUACAAAUGGGCUGAUUUAUCAGGAAGAAUGAUGAUUAGGGUUUGCCUUUUCUUUCCAAUGCCAACAUGGUCACGUUUGCUUGAUAUAAUACAAAAAACAGGACGUAGGCUGAGCCAAUGGAUAUUCUUAGGUGGUGUUAAAGCCUUUUCUGAUGGAUCCUUAGGAUCUAACAGUGCACUUUUUCACGAGCCAUAUGCUGAUGAGCCUUGGAAUAUUGGUCUCCAAGUUACAGAUAUGGAAAGCUUAUCUAAUAUGACUGUUCAAUCCGAUAAAUAUGGCCUCCAGGUUGCUAUUCAUGCUAUUGGAGACAAGGCCAAUGACUUGAUCUUGGACAUGUAUAAAUCAGUUGUUUCAAUAAAUGGGAAGAGAGAUCGGAGAUUUCGGAUUGAACAUGCUCAACAUUUGAGUCAUGGAAGUGCAGCCAAGUUUGGUGAACAAGGGAUUAUUGCUUCAGUGCAGCCAGAUCAUUUGCUGGACGAUGCUGACUCAGCAAUUAGAAAAAUCGGGGUAGAGAGGGCGCAGAAAGGAUCUUAUUUGUUUCAGACACUCCUUACUAGCAAUGCACUUGUUGCAUUUGGUUCUGAUUGGCCAGUAGCAGAAAUCAAUCCUUUGAAUAGCAUAAAGACUGCAGUUAAAAGGAGGCCUCCUGGUUGGGAUAAACCUUGGAAUUUAGGCGAGUGCAUGAAGCUUACGGAUGCAUUAAAUGCGCAUACUAUUUCAGCUGCUGAAGCAUGCUUUCUUGAUGAGGAAAUCGGGUCAUUAUCUUCUGGAAAAAUGGCUGAUUUUGUGGUGCUGAAUGCACAUACUUUGGAUGACUUAAUAACACAAGAAGAAACCUCUUUGGUUGCAGCUACAUAUGUUGGUGGUGUGCAAGCUUAUCCUUGAUAUUUAUGAUCCGUGUACACAGUUGUAUAACCAAAACUAAGAACUAAAUCUUAUGGAACAAGACUACUGAUGUCAAUGAAACAAAAAUUCAAAUUUUGUGUUCCACAUGAAAUGGUGGAACAUUGGCUCGCUCUCGAUCUCUCGUAUGUGCAAAAGACACAAAUGCCCUCCCCAUCAUGAGAAUAGCCUUAGAAAGCAUGUCUAGUCCUGUCCCAUGUAACAAAACGAAAGUUACGAGGCAAAAUGACUUGUUUUCUUUAUCUUAUCUUUUUGAUCUAUAAUAUGAAUCUUAAUGUAACACCACUAUAUAUAAAUUUGUCAUUUUACCAAUUUAAACCA